ACACACACACAUACACACACACACACACACAGAGAGAGAGAGAGAGAGCAGGACAGCAGAGGAAUGCUGCACACACACACACACACACACACACAGAGAGAGAGAGAGCAGGACAGCAGAGGGAUGCUGCACACACACACACACACACACAGAGAGAGAGAGAGAGCAGGACAGCAGAGGAGUGCUGCACACACACACACACAGUGCUCAACACUCAUCAGUGUGUGUGUCAGUCUGCUUCUGCUGCGCUCUCCAGCUCGAACCCUGAGCAGACACAGACCAGCAGACAGAGGAGAGUUCAAUUCAGUCCAGCGCGUCUACACUGUAGCAGAUUCACAAAGAAGAUUAUAGUAAACUGAAGCUGUGGCCGUCCAGAGUCCAAACACUGAAGAGCAAACCCAUCCAUGUGCAGCUCCACAAGUCCCAAACCAAGCAAGCCAGUGGAGACAGUGGAGGAACAAACGUCACCAAAUAACCAAAGAGGAAAAAGGAGAGAAACCUGGAGAGAAGCCAGGCUCAGCUGGGCACGACCAUCUCACCAUUGACCAAACGUCCUGUGCAGAGCUGCAGUCUAGGCGCCGGAGGCUGGAGAACGCUGGACUCCAUCAUGGAGAAGCUGCAGGUGGGAGAGGUCACCGGCUGGUGUUCAGGCUGGCCCUUCAGGAUCAAUGCGAGGACUCGUCUGUCACUGGGGUCUUUCAGGAAUCAGUCUCACGCUCUCCACUCCUCCAUGACCACCACAGCAGCUGCUCAGGAUACGGCCUGGUCCAGUAUUAUGGAGACCUCUGGAAUUAUAAAACCAGACUAACAUAAGCGCAGAUGCCGCUCACAAUAUAAUGUCUUUAGGGAAGUGUUCCCGGCUCCGGCUGCCCUCAAUAAUGCAGACUAACACUCCUUUAGAGGAUGUGGAUUUCAGCAGCAGGUGUGUGUUAUGUGUACGCUAAUGCUAAGAGAGAGGUGUCUUUAAUCUAGUUUACUCUGACAGAGUGUGACCGCUCCAGAACUGUGCUAGGAAGAGUUCCAGAGUUUAGCUGCAGAUAUGAGAAAGAUCUACCGCCUACAGCAGAUGCUGAUAUUCUGGGAAUAAUAAAUAGUCCAGGAUUAAUUGAGUGUAGAGGACGUGAGGGGCUAUAAUAAACCAGGACCUCUCUCAAAUACUAGGGAGCUUAGCUGUUCAGGGCUUUGUAGGUCGUCAAUAAAGUGUUCACAUGAAUAGGAUAUUUAAUAUGGAGCCAAUGCACUGAUGACAGAGCUGGAGUAAUAUGAUCAUCUCUGUGUUCUAGAAGCUCUCUAGCAGCUGCAUCCUGAACCAGCUGAAGUUUGUUCAUCAGGCCAGCAGGGCAGCCGCCUACUAACGCAUUACAGUAAUCUAAUCUAGAGGUCAUGACAGCAUGAAUAAGCUUUCCCGCAUCAGACACUGAUAGUAGAUGUAGACGUUUGGUGACUUUACAGAUGCACUUUACAGGUUAGAAAGUGCUCUGGGUUUUUGCAUGUGAGGUUUUGGGGUCCAAUAAGCAAGAGCUCAGUUUUAUCUGAGUUUAGUAAUAGGAAAUGAUGUCAUCCAGUGUUUAAUAUCAGCUCUACAAUCUGUUCAUUUCCUAAACUCACACAAGUUAUCAGGUUGAGAGGAGAUAUACAGUUGUGUAUCAUCAGCAUAACAGUGGAAGCUAACUCCAUGUUUUUUUAAUGAUAUUGCUUAGCGGUAGCAUAUAUAGUGUGAACAGUAAGGGGAGCAGAACUGAGCCUUGUACUGAACUGAGCCUGGUACCCCACAGUGUACUGUUGAUCUGUAUGAUGCCUCUUCAUUAACUGACACACACUGAUAAUGUUCAGAUAGAUCAGACCUGGACCAGGCCAGUGCAGCUCCUGUAAUCCCAACAUCAUCUUCACUAUCAAGGAGAAUAUUAUGAUGGAUGUGUGAAAUGCAGCACUGAGGUCCAAUAACACUAAGAGAGAAAUGCAGACACGAUCAGACGACAGGAGGAGGUCAUGUGUAACUCUGAGGAGUGCUGUUACUGUCAAACGCUCUAAAUCCAGAUUAACAUUAUUCAUAAAUAGAGGUUCUGAAGGAGCAUGGUUGAGCAGACACGACUUUCUCUAGUUGGAGAGCUGGAGGAGAGAGUGUGUGUGUGUGUGUGUGUGUGUGUGUGUAGCGCAGGCAGUUGGUUCAAGAUGUCCGUGCCUGUAGUCACUACACUCAUAGCAUCCAACUAAUGACCACUCAGCACAGCCUAGCAACGCCUUAGCAACCGCUGUGCUGUUGAGUCUGAGCAUCAUCAUCAUCAUCACCCAGCGCAGUCAGUCAGUGUGAGCUUCAUCUUCUGCUGUGCUUUACUCUGAACGUGUGUGUGUGUGUGUGUGUGUGUGUGUGAGUCUCCUCUGCUCAUGAACUGACAGGUGACCACAGACACACUGAUCGGUGAUGGAGAGGCAGAUGAGUCUCAGCAGUCGGUCAGACAGAAGUGUGGCUGUUUCUGCAGUGCACAGGUGUGUGUGUGUGUGUGUGUGUGUGUGUGUGUGUGUGUGUGUGUGUGUGUGUGUGUGUGUGUGUGUGUGUGUGUGUGUGUGUGUGUGCGCGCGCGCGUCUCUCUCUCUCUCUCUCUCUCUCUCUCUCCGUUCAUUCAGACUCGAGUCACGCCCGGUAAAGUCACGUGCUCCGCGGCUCGGAUUGGCGCGCUCGCUGCGCAGCGGUCAGUCUGCCGCUGGUCGCCGGUGUGUCGCGUGUCUGCCGGUGUGAUGGACGCGGCGGCGCGGCGGUGACGGAGCUCCGGGAUGCGGCGGUGCGCGGCUUUACUGCUGAUCAUAGGGGCGGCGGGUGUGUGUGCGGCUCUGCAGAUCCAGUGUUAUCAGUGUGAGGACGUGCGGCAGGACGAGUGCUCCUCUCCAGAGUUCAUCGUCAACUGUACAGUGAACGUGCAGGACAUGUGCCAGAAGGAAGUGCUGGUGCUGGAGGACGGCAUUCACUACAGGAAGUCAUGUGCGUCGUCGGGGGCGUGUCUGAUUGCGUCGUCGGGGUAUCAGCAGUUCUGCACAGGGAAGCUGAACUCCGUCUGCAUCAGCUGCUGCAACACUCCGCUCUGCAACGGCCCGCGGCACAAGAGGAGGGCGCUGUCCUGCGCAUACACACACACACACACACACCUGAGCCUGCUGACCCUCAUCCCACUGCUGUGCUGGCGCUGACGGACUGAUGGAGGACGAGGAGGAGGAAGAUGAUGAAGGACUGAUGAAGAUGAUGAGGAUGGAGAUUAUGAGGAUGAAGAUGAUGAAGUUGAUGACGGUGAUGAUGAUGAAGGACUGAUGAUGUCAGAGGGUGGAGCUGCUCCACAGUGCACAUGACUGUUCUCUUAUUAGUGGGCGGGGCUUCUUUAUUCAUCCCACCAAUGACUGCUCACGCAAACACACACAAACAGCACACACUGCUGACGACUGGACAGUUCACUGGUCACAUGAUCACACCACUGUAGAUCACACUGUACAUUAAACAUCAAAGGAACAAAC